AAAAAAAACAUUUUGUGUACAUUAUUUCACAGAAUGUUUUGUUAUAGGGGAAAGGUGAGCGGUAGAUGUAAAUAUGAUGUUCUUUAGAAAUCUGAAGAUAAUUUGUUUAAAGUACCUAUUAAUACAUUUGAGACUGGUGAUUACACAGGCAUUUGGGAUUAAAGACAUAAAAUUAGACACAGUGUUUGUAGAUAUUUUUCAAGAAAGUCGACUAAUGUCUGAAUAUGAUUUCAUUGUAGUUGGGGCUGGAUCUGCUGGAGCUGUGGUGGCAAAUCGUCUGUCGGAAAUAAAAGAUUGGAACAUAUUGCUUUUAGAAGCUGGAAGCGACAGGAACAUAUUGACCGAUAUUCCAAUUCUGGCUGCUGAAUUUCAAUUAGGAGAUCAAGAUUGGCAAUAUAAGACAAGCCCGCAAGGAACAACAUGUCUAGCAAUGAACAACGGCAGUUGCAAUUGGCCUCGAGGAAAAGUUUUAGGCGGUAGCUCUGUUCUAAACUACAUGUUAUACUUAAGAGGUAACAGUAGAGAUUACGACGGUUGGGAGUCAUUAGGUAAUAAAGGCUGGGGAUUUAAAGAAGUACUGCCCUAUUUUAAAAAAUCUGAAGAUAACAAAAAUCCCAACUAUGCUCACACUAAAUAUCACGGAACGGGAGGAUAUUUGACUGUUUCUGACGUACCAUAUCAUACUCGUCUCGCAACAAGUUUUAUUGAAGCUGGAUUAGAAUUAGGUUAUAAAAAUAGAGAUAUCAAUGGAAAAUACCAAACUGGAUUUACUCUCGCUCAGGGGACUACUCGACGCGGAGCUAGAUGUUCUACAGCAAAAGCCUUUUUAGAUACGGCUAAAAAUAGAAAAAAUUUACAUAUAUCAAAACAAUCAUUUGUAACUAAGAUUUUGAUAGAUCCUAAAACUAAAACUGUAUCCGGUGUUUCAUUUGAAAAAAGAGGCAAAAAAUAUGAAAUUAGAAUUAAAAAAGAGGUUAUUUUGUCAACGGGAACAAUAAAUACGCCUCAGUUAUUAAUGUUAUCUGGUAUAGGUCCAAGAGACGAAUUGUCAAAACAUCAAAUACCUAUAAUUCAAAAUCUUCAAGUGGGUAAAAAUCUCCAAGACCACGUCAGUGUGGGCGGCUUAGCAUUCACUAUAAACAAACCGGUUUCUAUUGUAGAAACAAGGAUGCUGAAACCAAAAUAUUUUUUCCAAUAUUUGAUAUCGCGUAAUGGACCAUUUACCAUUUUAGGCGGAGUUGAAGGACUAGCAUUUAUUAAUACAAAGUACGCGAAUGCGUCACACGACUAUCCCGACAUACAGUUUCAUUUUAUACCCGGCGCAACUAACUCCGACGGUGGAAGAAAUUUAAAAAAAGUCCAUGGUCUAACAAAUGAAUUUUAUGAUGCUGUGUUUAAGCCAAUAAACUAUAAAGACACAUGGAGUGUUAUGCCGAUAUUAUUGCGUCCACAAAGUAGAGGAUACAUUGAAUUAAAGAGCUCAAAUCCUCAUGACUAUCCCAUUAUCCAUCCAAAUUACCUAGCCGAAGAUAUAGACUUGAAAACCUUAAUCGAAGGAGUCAAGGCUGGAUAUAAAUUGUCCAAAACAACAGCUUUUAAGAAAUAUAAUUCAGAAUUCAAUAAAAAUAUAUUUCCCGCAUGUAAAGCAAUUAAAAAAUUCACUGAUGAGUUCUGGGAGUGUAUGAUUAGACAGUACACAUUUACCUUCUAUCAUCCGGUCGGAACGGCAAAAAUGGGUCCUAAUUCCGAUCCUAAUGCUGUUGUUGACCCCGAACUUAAAGUAUAUGGCGUAAAAGGUCUACGAGUUGUAGAUGGUAGUAUAAUGCCGAAUAUUGUGAGCGGUAAUACAAAUGCACCUAUCAUUAUGAUUGCAGAGAAAGCAAGUGAUAUGAUUAAAAAAUUCUGGAAAAAAAAAUGAGAAACUAAAUUUAAUUGACGU